CCCAGCUUCCUGCCAGCCACGCUUUUCUUCUCUUAGGAAAAAUCUGGAUUCAACUCAAACUCCAACGUCUUUCUUUCUCUCUCUAUAUAUCUCUCUCUGUGUAUAUAUAUAUUCAUACACAGAGAAGCAUGUGUAUUCAAGACUCAGAGCAAGUCGGUGAGGGGAUGGAAAAUCUUGAAAUUUCUGAAACUGAAGAGAAUUCCAAGAAUUGGGCUUCUUCCCACUCUCCAGGUGAAACUACAAAUACCCAGAUUCAGACUUCCAGCCUUUCUGCUAAGAGAAAUUCAUUUCCGCUGGACAGCAUUUGUGAGGACACAGCUAUUGUCGAUGGAAGGCAGAUAAUUAUGAAUAAUUUCCUACCUGCCUUAAGGUCAGGAGAGUGGUCAGAUAUUGGAGGUCGUCAUGAUAUGGAGGAUACUCACAUCUGUAUUACAGACCUAGCUAAAAGUUUUGGUGAUGGAAUACUCGGCGAGGAAGCUGUCUCCUUCUAUGGAGUCUUUGAUGGACAUGGUGGGAAGGGCGCAUCACAUUUCGUACGUGAUCACUUGCCAAGGAUUAUUGUCGAGGAUGCCGAUUUUCCAUUGGCGCUUGAAAAGGUCGUCACAAGGUCAUUCAUGGAGACCGAUGCUGCCUUUGCAAAGUCGUGUUCUCUGGACUCCGCCUUAUCCUCUGGCACGACAGCGCUCACUGCAAUGAUAUUUGGAAGAUCAUUGCUCGUGGCAAAUGCUGGGGAUUGCAGGGCCGUGCUAUCUAGACGUGGGCUGGCGAUAGAAAUGUCGAAGGAUCAUAGGCCGUGCUGUUCUAACGAAAGGACACGGAUCGAGUCCCUAGGUGGAUUUGUAGAUGAUGGGUACUUGAAUGGGCAGUUGGGCGUGACCCGGGCUUUAGGCGACUGGCAUAUCAAAGGACUAAAGGAGGACGACAACAGCGGGCCGUUAAGUGCUGAACCCGAACUAAAACUGACAACACUAUCCAAAGAGGACGAGUUCUUGAUAAUCGGGAGCGAUGGAAUAUGGGAUGUCUUCAGAAGCCAAAACGCGGUGGACUUUGCGAGGAGGAGAUUGCAGGAGCACAACAACGUGAAACUAUGCUGCAAGGAAAUAGUGGACGAGGCAAAAAAACGCGGGGCAAUAGACAACUUAACAGCAGUUAUAGUGUGUUUUCACUCCGAACCGCCCCCUCCAAUAGGCACUGUCCCGAGAACAAGGGUCCGGAGGAGUAUCUCUGCAGAAGGAUUGCAGAAUCUCAGAAGUUUUCUUGAAGGAUAAUAAAACUGCACCCUUUAUUGAUUCAAAAAUUUAAUUUUUUUGACAGGCUAUAUGAGAGUGAAAAUUAUUGCAGAAGACUAUUCUGAGGAUAUCAACAGAUCAGAAAGACAAGAGGAAGAGACCAAACUGGAUUUAUUUGCAGUGUACAAUAAUUUUUCUAUUAAUACAAUGAUAAUGACGACAAGUGAUAUUCUUGUGGAACCUUGUACAUAUGUCACAGAUUAUGUUUUGUAUUAUGUAAACUGUAAAGCAUCCAUUUUAUUACCAAAUGGCUGUAGGAAUAAGCCUUUAUUGUGGGGGGUGGGGAGUGGGUAAGGUGGAGGAUGAAAUUUGUACAACAAUAAAAUGCUGCAUUAUGCAUAAAACAGAAGAAUUGUAACAACUGCUAAAUUUUAUGAUUA